AUGGCAGAAAAGGAAGGAGCAAUUGUCAAGAAGGGUCAUGAGGAAGGCUUAAAAAUGGCCCUUUCCCUUCUUGAAGAAUAUCAACUCCCAGCAGGGCUUCUCCCUCUGGCUGAUGUGAUCGAAGUCGGGUUUGUGAAGACCACGGGGUACAUGUGGAUCCUGCAAACUAAAAAAGUUGAACAUAACUUUAAGAUGAUCAGUAAGCUGGUGAGUUAUGGUGCUGAAAUAACUGGAUACGUCGAGAAGAACAGGAUCAAGAAGCUCAAGGGAGUGAAGGCUAAGGAACUGAUGUUAUGGCCUCCAGUUGGUGACAUCUCAGUGGACAACCCUCCUACUGGCAAGAUUCACUUCAAGAGUCUUGCUGGCAUCACGAAAACUUUUCCGGUUGAGGCUUUUGCAGCUGGACAGUAA